CUUUCUAAUUGUGUAGAAUGAAGUUGAUGUUAUCAAGUGGAGAGCGAAGAAACUUAAUUGAAAGGAAGAAGCUUUCAAAUAAUCAUGUUAUUUAUGGAUAAUUUGUGAUUUGCUUCAAUUUUCUUGAGUUUUCUAGAUUGGUGUUGAACAAUUUGUAUAGUUAAUUUGUGAUUUGCUUGUAUUUUCUAGAAUGGUGUUUUAUAUAUAGAUAAUUUGUACUGAGAGAUUGAUAUUUGACUUUAAUUUUGAUAGAAACUUGUUAUAGUAAAUUUUUUACGACAAAAACCCGUGGGUACCCAUGAACCCGCGGAUACCCAGCGGGUUGGGUUGGGUUUGAGUUUUUCAAACCCAAUGGGUUUUACCCCGGGUUUUUUUCACGGAUAAACCCACUGGUUUGGGUUUGGGUUUGGCAAAACCCGACCCAACCCGACCCAUUGCCAUCCCUAGUCGUUGGCAAUAAAGGGAAUUGGAACACCAAACUUGAUUCUCUUGCCCCCUUUAAAGAACUUCUCUAACGAAUAAUGUCAACUGUUCAAUUUUCGUCUUCCUUCUAAAGGGCAUGAUAACGCACUGGAUAUAGUUCGGCGCUUUCACAAUCAGUUAAUUCAUCCUUGGUUAUUUUUUCAAAGUUCUCUCAUGCUUUUACUUAUAAGUUGCUUUCGCAGGAACUUAACGGUAUGCUAAUAUGGCGAGACCAUCGAAGCCAGGCACCGGGUCCUCUGUGGCCGUAGCUGCUAUGCUUCCUGUCGACCCGACAGAGACUCAGACCACUGCUCCCCUCCCUUCUGCUCAGACAUAGCUUGUUACGAGUCGCUCCGAGGAGCUCAAGUUUGCUGAGGUGGGUUCCAACCACGGGUCUGGGAAGCGGUCACUGGAGACUGCGGCUCUUAUCGAAAAGCGGUCCUCGAGAAGUCAAUCAAUGAUGAAAGGCGUCCUUGUUGACAACACUCCUUCAGAUCCACUUGUUGCAUACACAAACAAAAAGAAGUAGAAGAUGACAGAGCUUGCAGCGACUGUGGCGUUUUCUCCCAACGCAACUGUAUCCCAUGAUGCAACCAAACACGCUUUGCAUGUCAUUUCAGAUGAGUUUACGGUCCCCAGUGAUUACCCUGGGUUGCGGGUACUCCCGCCCACAAGUGUGACCCCAGACACUUGGUCGGCGCAACCGCGCGUUGCCUGUUUGAGAUAAGCGUGAUUUUUAUAACGUGAGUACCUGGUGGUUAUUUUUCUAUAACUUGGAUAUUUUUACAGACUCAAUUUGGGAUAAACCAACUGAUGUUGCACAACGACUGCCUUCAAAGUGACUUGGACGAACGCGACACCAGUAUCCUUCAAUUGGAAGAUCAGCUGAAAGAGGGACGUGAGGGAUUCAAGCAGGAGCUGUAGGAGGAAUUGAUCAAGGAGCACGAGGCUGCUGAUGCCAAGAAGAUGUCGAGUUGGCUGGCGUGCAGGAGAAGUUGAAAUGGGUUAAGGAAGAUGCUAAGUGCUUCCGAAAAUAGCCCUUGGAGGCCGCCGAACGGGAGAAAAGUUUGAGCGACAAAGUGCACAGGUUGAAGAAAGACAUGGCAUUGAUGGAGGACAACCACGAAACUGAGCUUCUCAACACGGUUGAGGCCGCCAAAGCUACGUUCCUGGAGUCUGACGAAUUCAAGGAGGCAGAUGAAGCGAAGUAUAAGAAAUUGUUGAGGGACAACGUUGCUUCAAUCCGUCACUGUAUUCGUCGUGUGUACCCCAGAUUUGUUUGGGACACUAAUGAUAUAUGGGAUGUCGUGGAAUUUUGUAGCAACAACGACGUGAACUCCGAGCUUUCCCCCCUUCCAACGGGAAACACUGGAGUUGAGGUUGACCAACCACCUGCAGCUGAUGACGGUUCCGCUUAAUGAUCUUUCUCUCCUAUAUUCUUUUGUUAUUUCAUCGCUCUUGAGGGAGCUUAAGACAAUUUUUGUUUUGUAAUGACGAUGCUCUUUUCCUGCUUAUCCCAAUUUUCUUGCCGCUUUAUCUUAACCGCGUGAUAUUGGUUUCGAUUGGGUUUAAGAUUUUCACUAUGCAUUCGUUCGAGACUGCUUAUAAUUGUAGAGAUCGUUGCUCGGAGGCGGUUUGUAUCUCGAUAGCCUUUUUCUUGGAGGCGGUUGAAAUGUUAAAGACAAUUUCUAGGUUAUCGUUCAGGGGCGGUUGCAAUUGUUAGGACAAUUAAUAACAUAUUGCUUGGGGA